CACCCUCCUCUUCCUCUCAUGCCACGCCUCCUCCGCUUCCUUUCCGCGGCCAUGGUAACACCACCACGCAAGGGACAACAGAAAAGUAAAGUUAUAUUGUCUCGCUGAGUUAAGCCAUGGCGGAGUUGGCAGAGAUCUAUGACAACGCUAAAAAAGGUCGAGAGUAUGCUCUUCUCGGGAACUAUGAUUCAUCCAUGGUCUACUAUCAAGGUGUGAUGCAACAAAUCGAGAAAUACUGUCAGUCUCAGAGGGAUCCAUCACUCAAGGCCAAAUGGCAGCAGGUACGCCUGGAAUUAGAGGAGGAGUACAGGUACGUGAAGAGUAUCGUCAACACAUUGGAAAGUUUUAAGGUGGACAAGCCAGUGGACUGUCCUAACUUCCUGCUAGAGGAAGCUCCCCAGGAUCCAGCAGUAUGGCCGCCCCCUACUCCGGCAGAACACAGAGCCCCAAGCCAGGUGAAGCGUCCCAAUAGUGGAGCAAAGCCCCAGAGGAAGGACUCCCCAGCAAUGCAGCAUAAGGGACCAGUAGUCAGAGGGCAAGUGAACCCCAAAAUGGACAAAUCACCCCGCAAUGGACGUGUCACAAAGGCCAAAGAUGAAAAGGGCAAAAAGAGUGGCCCAGAAGGGGGAGGUGAUGGAGAGCAGAAGAAGUUUGAUGGCACAGGCUAUGACAGUGACCUGGUGGAUGCCCUCGAGAGAGACAUUGUGUCCAGGAAUCCCAACAUCGGCUGGGAUGACAUAGCUGAUCUGGAGGAUGCCAAGAAGCUGCUGAGAGAGGCAGUGGUACUGCCCAUGUGGAUGCCAGACUUCUUCAAGGGCAUUCGGCGGCCUUGGAAGGGAGUGUUGAUGGUGGGCCCUCCUGGCACAGGGAAGACUAUGCUGGCCAAAGCUGUUGCCACGGAGUGUGGCACCACGUUCUUCAACAUCUCCCCCUCCACCCUCACUUCCAAGUAUCGGGGAGAGUCAGAGAAACUGGUGCGACUGCUUUUUGACAUGGCAAGGUUCUACGCCCCCAGUACAAUCUUCAUCGAUGAGAUUGACUCGAUUUGUGGGCGACGGGGUACAUCAGAUGAGCAUGAGGCAAGUCGCCGAGUGAAGUCUGAAGUACUGGUACAGAUGGAUGGGGUUGGUGGAGCAUCGGAGAAUGAUGAUCCCUCUAAGAUGGUGAUGGUGCUGGCUGCCACCAAUUUCCCCUGGGACAUCGAUGAGGCACUGAGACGCCGGUUGGAGAAGAGGAUCUACAUCCAGCUGCCCACGGCGAAGGGCCGUGCCGAACUGCUGCGGAUCAGCCUGAGGGAGGUGGAGGUGGCGCCCGACGUCAAUCUGGCCCUGAUCGCCGAGAAGAUCCAGGGCUACUCCGGAGCUGACAUCACCAACGUCUGCAGGGAUGCGGCCAUGAUGGCUAUGCGCCGCAGGAUCCAGGGCCUGAGCCCAGAGGAGAUCCGAGCGCUCUCCAAGGAAGAGCUCCAGAUGCCCGUCACCAUGGAGGACUUUGAGCUCACGCUGAAGAAGAUCUCCAAGUCCGUCUCCUCCGCCGACCUGGAGAAGUAUGAGUCCUGGAUGGCAGAGUUCGGAUCUGUGUAGCCGGAGAGGAGGAAGAGGAGGAAGAGAAGGAGAGGGGGAAGAGUGGUGUAAGGAACACCACUGGAUGACCUAAUCAUUCCUGAGUCCUGUCGUCUUGUGUUGCCAGGGCGAAUACUUGAAACUGUUUAGUGUUCAGCAAUACUGUAGUUUGGUGUUUUAGGAGUGCACCUGGGAAAUGGCUCCAAUGUUUUAGGUCUUGUUUUGUUUUGUUUUUUAAUGUCUGAAGUGGUACAAACCCAUUUUUGUGAGCCCCCUUUACUUAUAAAGCACUAGUGCUGGUGUUGCACUGACUGAAAAUAGUGUGAAGGGCUGUGAGAGAAUGUUGAAGAGAAUGUGCGUGUGCAGUCUACUUUGUGUCAUGUUACCAAUUUGCAGCAUGUCAUCCUCAUGUAAAGGACCUGCUUUGGUAAUGUUGAGUGUGUGUGUGUGUGUGUGUGUGUGUGUGUGUGUGUGUGUGUGUGCGCGUGUGUGUGUGUUGAAUGUAAUGAAUGUACAGGGGAAAAGUGCUGAUUCGAAAGUGUUCAGGUACGCAACAGUUUUACUAAAUUUGUCAUUAAAAUGUUGAUAAUC